AUGGAAGAAGGGAGAAAGAGAAGUGAAAGAGAGAGAGACAGUGGUGAUGGUGGUGAUGAUCAUGGUGGUGGUGGUGAUGUGAACGGUGAACUUCAUUGCGCAUUAAAUGGUACAAAAAGCCUUUCAAAACGACAUCAUAGAGCCAUUAGCGAACGUGUAUCUGUAAUAUGGUGGCAAGCUCUACCUCGUCCUUACAAG